UUGAUGGGUCAAUAAGUUCUAUAGACGUUUUCCGUCACGUGCCCCAAAUUGUUUUAAGCUCAGUGUGGUUCAAAAGGAAAGGUCGUUCAACGACCCAAAGUAAACAACAAUGUCACAAAAGGAGUCCAUCGAGGCGAUAAGAAAGGGGUCAGCCCCACUUCCACAACACGAAAGUGACGAUGACGAAGGGACAGACACACCGACCGAGAGCAUGGGUGAAGACACGGGCCUAGACAUGGCGGAUGACACCACGGUUUGCGGUGAUGCCGAGGAGUUUUCCAAGCGAGUGAAGCAAAUUGAUGAUGGAGUGAAACCUGGAGUUAUUGAUCAUGUACAACAAAGGAUUGAGAAUCCACUGAAACGGGCUGGUGUUUUCUCAAAACUUUUCUUUUGUUGGAUGUUCUCAUUCUUCAAGAAAGGUUACAGAAAGCCAAUAGAAGAAGAGGAUUUAUACGAAGUCUUAGCAGAAGACUCGUCAAAGAUUCUCGCUGAAAAACUAGAAAGAGAGUGGGACAAAGAAUUGAUAAAGAGCACAAAGACAGGUAAACCUCCGUCACUCACACAAGCGUUGCUGAAGACGUUCGGCUGGAGUUUCAUGUGGUAUGGACUACCUGCAUUUUUUGAGGAAGUUGUCUUCAAGAUCGCCCAACCUGUGCUCUUAAGUCGCCUGGUCCUUUAUUUCUCGACGGACAUCAUAUCUCCUUUAGAAGCUUAUCUCUGUGCUGCUGGAAUCUCGUUGAGUGCCUUCGGGAUUUUAAUGUGUCAUCACAUCGCAUUCUUCGGCUUCGGUCGGGUCGGAAUGAGGGUCAGAGUUGCCUGUUCUAGUCUCAUCUAUAGAAAGUCGUUAAGACUGAGUCAUUUGGCGCUCGGGGAAACUACCAUUGGCCAACUCGUCAAUAUUUUGUCCAACGAUGUCAAUAGGUUCGAUCUGGCGUUUAACUUCCUACACUAUUUAUGGAUAGGUCCUAUCCAGCUGGCGGUCGUCACAGUCCUGAUGUGGUGGCAGAUUGGCCCGUCAUGCUUAGCAGGGCUGUCCAUUCUCUUAUUGCUCUCCCCUCUGCAGGCUUACAUGGGCAAACUCUUUUCAAAGUUCAGAGCAAAGACAGCCUUAUUGUCGGACUCAAGAAUACGAAUCAUGAACGAGAUCAUAUCAGGAAUUAGAGUCAUCAAGAUCUACGCUUGGGAGAAAUCGUUUGGAAGCUUGGUCUCAGAGGCCAGAAGGAAAGAGAUCCGUAAGAUAAUGCACACAUCGUACCUUCGUGCCUUUACCCUAGGGUUCUUCUUCAUGGCUCCAUUGCUCAUGGUUUUCUCCACUUUUGUCAUGUAUGCCAUACUCGGCAACCCCGUCGUGUCGGCCAAAGUUUACGCCGUACUGCCGCUGUUUUACGCAGCGAGGCUCUGCACGGCUCUCUUUCUGCCGUAUGCGAUUAUGAACGGCACGGAAGGUCUGGUCUCUAUUCGACGAAUCAAGAAAUUUCUCCUCAUGGAUGAGAUAGUGACUCAACCUAGGGUAACAGAAAACGGUCAAGCUCUCCCGGAGGUGGAAUUCAAGAACUCUCCUGUCCGAUUAGACGACCUACAGGUAACCGCAGACGAAAACAAGACAUCAGCGUUGAAUCAUGUCGAGGCGGAUGCAAGGGAUCCAACAAAAAGCGUCUCCGAUGAAACUGUAGAGUCGCCCUUGCCGAGUACUGCGUUCCUAACCCAUAACAGUCCGAUACCCACUGAGAAAGAAGAGCAAUUUUUCACCUAUGAGAUGCAGAAACCUAGGCCCGAUGCCUGUGGUAAUCACCUAGUGGCUGGGGGCUCGUCAACAGUUGUUGUGGAUAAUUUAAACGGCUCAUGGACCAAGGAUGUUGAUGGAGGUACUCUUGAAAACGUCAGCUUCAGUGUGGAACCCGGAGAGCUGCUAGCCGUCAUCGGCCCUGUUGGUUGCGGAAAGUCUUCCCUUCUCAUGGCAUUACUCGGUGAGCUUCCUUCUAUAUCUGGGGUCGUCAGCCUGCAAGGGAAGGUCGGGUACACAGCCCAACAACCCUGGAUCCUGUCCGGAUCACUCAAAGACAACAUCCUCUUUGGAAGCCCUUAUGAGCCGGUGAGGUACCAUCGCAUUAUCAGGCAGUGUGCUCUCAGACGGGAUAUUGAGUUAUUACCUCACGGUGACCAGACCCUUGUCGGUGAACGUGGUGUGACCCUCAGUGGAGGUCAAAGGGCAAGGGUCAGCCUUGCCAGGGCAGUCUACAGCGACGCUGAUGUGUAUUUACUUGACGACCCCCUCAGUGCUGUGGAUCCAGCUGUUGGAAGACAUCUCUUUGAAAAGUGUAUCUUGAAGUUUCUGAAAACUAAGCCAAGGAUCUUGGUGACCCAUCAACUGCAAUUCUUGGAUUUGGCCGAUAAAAUACUUAUUCUUGACCAGGGUAAAGUAGCUGGCUACGGAACUUAUCAGGACUUACAAGAGCACGGUGUGGACUUUGCGUCGCUCCUCAAGAAGAAAUCCUUGGAGGGCGAUUACGAUGGGGAGGGAGAAGAGCUCAGGUCGUUGCAGAGACAGAUGUCCACAACCUCGAAGAGUUCUCUUUGUUCCUCUGUUGGCCAUUACGAGGUUGAGGAGCCAGUGGCCAUAGUUCCUGAAGAGGUAGCCCUCGGGACCGUAGACUGGAGAGUGUACUGGAGGUACUACACAGCUGGCGCCGGUAAACUCCUUCUCUUCUGUUUCUUCCUUCUCAUGGUCGGUGCCCAGGCCAUGUUUGCCGUGACGGAGUGGUGGUUAUCUCAGUGGGCAACAGCCGAAGAUCAGUCUCUGGCAGCAAAGAACAACACCAGUCAGGACGACUUCAUCUUCGAAGUAUACGAGGAACAACUCGGCUACAUCAAGAUCUACGCCAUCUUGUGCGGCGUGACCAUCGCAGCUCUCUUCCUUCGUAGUUUCCUUACUUUUAUCAUCUUCAUCACAGCGGCCAGAGUGCUGCAUAACCGAAUGUUCGCCGCUGUCAUCAGAGCACCAAUGCAGUUUUACGAUACCAAUCCAGUUGGUCGAAUUCUGAACCGUUUUGCAAAAGAUACUGGCUACAUGGAUGAGCUCCUACCACCUACACUCACCGACUUCCUUCAGAUUACCGUUUUCACCAUAUCCGUCGUUGUCGUCAUCUCAAUCUUCAAUCCGUUCUGUUUGGCCUUUACUCUGCCGCUCUUUUUAAUCUUCUACUGCGUCAGGAAAUUCUACCUCGCCUCCUCAAGAAGCGUCAAGAGAUUAGAGGGAAAUGCACGGAGUCCAGUCUUCUCUCACCUGUCUGCAUCACUGACGGGGCUGAGUACGGUCAGGGCCUUUAAGUCCCAGCAGCGCUUCAUUAACGCAUUCGACGAAUACCAGGAUCGACACACUGAGGCCUGGUUCAUGUUUCUGGCCACCUCUAGAUGGUUCGGCGUCCAGCUGGAUUUCUUCAGCAUGAUGUUCAUCUGUGGUGUGUGUUUCUCGAGCGUUCUCGCUGCCGACUUUCUAAGUCUGAGCUCUGGUGUGAUUGGCCUGUCACUGACGUAUGCAAUCAAUCUGAUGGGAGCUUUUCAGUGGGGAGUAAGACAAAGUGCAGAGGUUGAGAAUCAGAUGACGUCAGUGGAGCGAGUCUGCCAAUACAUCGAUAUUGAACCAGAGGCGCCAUUAGAGAUGGAACUCAAACCGCCACCGGAGUGGCCCAAGUAUGGUCUAAUAACACUAGAGGGCGCUUCAUUAAGGUACGGCGAGGAUGGACCGCAAGUCAUCAAGAGAAUCUACUGCUCCAUCAGAGCAAAGGAGAAGGUUGGGAUCGUUGGUCGAACCGGAGCAGGCAAAAGUUCCUUAAUGACCAUCUUAAUGCGACUAGCUGAGCCGACGGGUACCAUCAAGAUCGACGGAAUCGAUAUAGCCAAGAUUGGUCUGCAUGAUCUACGCAAGAAAGUCUCCUUCAUUCCACAGGACCCAGUGUUGUUCAGUGGAACCCUGAGACGAAACCUCGAUCCAUUUAAUGAGCACUCGGAUGCAAACAUAUGGAGAGCUAUAGAAGAGGUUGAGUUGAAGCCGGCAGUGGAAGAGUUACCAGAGAAGCUGGAGGCAAUCCUAACGGAGGGAGGAACAAACUUCAGCGUUGGACAAAGACAACUCCUCUGCCUGGCCAGGGCGAUCCUGAGGAAGAACAAGAUCCUGAUUGUGGAUGAAGCAACUGCUAACGUAGAUGUCAGGACGGACCGUUUAAUACAAAGUACCAUUCGAGAGCGCUUUAAGCACUGCACUGUCUUGACCAUCGCCCAUCGACUCAACACCAUUAUGGACUCGGAUAGAGUCUUGGUCCUCGAUGCUGGGAGGUUAGUAGAAUUCGACGAACCCUACAUUCUGCUCCAAAAGGAAGAUAGCCUCUUCACGAUGAUGGUUCAGGAAUCGGGCAAAGCAGAAGAGGCUAAACUCGUCGAGGUUGCCAAAGAUAAAUACAACGAGAGGAAUCCCUCCGACCCUUACGGACUGUCCGACCCUGAGAAGAAACACUCGUUGUAUGCUUCACCGGGAGGAAGGAGAACAAUCAGUAUAGAAACCUCAUUAUAGAAUAAGAACCUCUAUGAAGCCUCGGAAGUCCGAACCUCACUUGUGAAGCCUCUUUAAGCCCUACAUCUCACUAAAGCCUUGGAAGGACAGAAUCACACUCAAGAAGACGCAUUUAAGCCU